AGCGACUUCGCUUCACCCCGCUACCAAUAUCCCCUGAGGGAACACAAACGGAUUCUCUCUAUUCCUCCCCCUCUCUCUCCCUCUCUCUCUCAUUCUCCCAUUUCGACUCUUCCAACCAUGACACCGACUUCUCACGACCACCACCAUCACUCACUUCCACAAUGAGCAGCAAAUUGGAAGUGUUCGACAUCGUCUUCGAGAACAAUGACGUCGAUAUAUUCAAACCCGGCGAUGUCAUUCAAGGAUUCGUACUCGUCGUUCUUUCGGCGGAGAAAAAGCACAUCAGAGGUAUUCGAGUGAAAUUCAAGGGAAAGACGAAGACGGAAUGGAGAAACUUCCACGAUGAUGGAGAAGACUUCUUAUGGAAAGAAGUAUUGUUCAAACAUACUGCCCUCGUCUUUGGUGAAGAUGACGCAUGUGAUCGGAGUCACAUCCUUCCAGCCGGUGAACACAAGUUCCCGUUCCGCUACCGCCUACCUCUCGGCCUACCUCCAGAGCUCUACUGCAAGUUUGCUCAGGUCUCCUACAUGGUCAAAGCUGUCAUCGAUCGCCCCCGGAAGUACGACCAUUCGGCAAAGAGGGCUUUCAAGAUCAAACCCGUGGUCGACCUCAAUAUCAUCCCCGAAGUGCUGGUUCCGAUAGGAGAUCAGAAGACAGUUAAUGAGGGCUGCCUGUGUUGUGAGACUGGUCCAAUUACACUAGACGUCAAUGUAAAUAAACGAGGUUAUGUGGUAGGAGAGUCUAUGUGGGUCUCAGGGUGUCUUGAUAACCAGAGCAACAACGAUGUGUCUUACAUCUCCUGUACCUUGACGCAGACACUGACCUUCUUCUCCAAGUCUGGCUGGCGGACGGACGACAAGAGAAUCCGAGACGACAUAGUCGAGAUUGAACUGGAAGGAUGUCCGUCGUACCAGAAAAAAGCGAUCGAACCCACCGCUUUCAGGGUCCCUCCUGUCGUCCCCUGCUCCUUCGAGACGUGCCCGAAUAUUUUCCUCGAGUAUUCGCUUCAGAUUUCAGCGGUUGUAGGGUUCGAGACUCCGGCGUGUACUUUGAAGUUGCCUAUAUCCAUCGGGACCAUUGCUGCAAUUAAUACCAAUCGAAGGCCAUCAGUCAACAUGGCCGUCACCCACCAGUCAGAAGUCAAACGAAUGGUGCCACCACCUCCAUCCUACGAUAUUGCAGUAUCCGGAUUUCGGGAGGUUGAACCUAUUCAAAGCAAUUCUCCAGUUACAAGGACACAUCCUAGUAGACUAUUUGAAGAUUUACCUAUAAUAUCCAACUAUAGCGCAUCAGACAAUAACGCACUACCUGCGCCCUGCAGUCCGCGGUCGCCGUCAGGAAAGGUAAAACACAGCACGUCACCAACUUUAGAGAAAAACAGGCAACAUUCAACGUCGCCGACAUCAAGGAACUUUUCGACGUUGUCAAGAAGCAAUAUACCGACCUCAUACAGCUCAGCGUCACCGACGUCGCGAGUUAAGUAUGAUACUCUCCCUUCAGCUAAUGACAGGCGAAGCGGUAAAACUGCGGCGGUAAUGGCCAACCCGGUUACAACAUCACCGGCUCGCAUUAUACUGCCCUUGGGUAGUCCACGGUCUUCGGCGCCGCGGUUGAGGUAUGAUUCGACGCCAACUUCGGAACGCGGCGAAAGUGCGUCGCUUCUGUCGAAUAGAAUGACGUCUCCUGACGCAAGCACAUAUUACGAUUCUUCAUUAGGUUAUGGACAAGCACCACUUGCUGAUCCUUGGCGGACGCAGAAUCAAUAUAUUCGAGACGAACCUCAAGAUCAAAAUAUGGGCCGGACUCGGGGAAGAAUUGCCGAAGCAUUCGUGUGAUUUUUGUUUGUUUUUCAUGUAAAUUCGUUUAUUGCUGUAAGGCCCUUCAAGGGAUUUUUAUAAGUUUUGAGUAAUCACCUGGCAGCAGAGUGCAUAUCACUUUGAUAUACGUUAACACGAAUGAUAAGGACCCCGGUAUAUGAAAAAAAUUGUGGUAGGCCUAUUUAUAGUUAAGAAGUCUCAGGAAAAUAAUAUUUCAUUUUUGUCAUGUUUGUAUGCGUUUGAUGAUAUCCUACCAAGGUAGCAAAGCAUAGGCCUAACAUUGGUAGUGUGAGCUGAAAUUGUUCCUACUACUUGUUAUGUUUGUAACAGUCUACUUUUGAAUUUGAGAUAAUCUUAGGGAUAAACAAGAAACAUCAAAAUAUUAAAAUUUUAAAUCUAAUACUUCGAAAUAUAUUCCGCAACCAUGGCAACAUCUCAACAGGAUACAGACAUCACAAUCAACGGUGUUGUAAGUUCGAGUAUCUCGUUAUUGUCAGUGGUAUACUUUCCUCUACAACUUGGCACAUUGGUGAAAAUGACGUGGAUUUUUGAUAAAGCACAUCAUUAUUGAUUGUUUAUUUUCUUAAUGUAGAUUUUAACCUUUUAAGGUAUAGUUUCCGUGAUCUUUUCAUCGUAUUUUUUUCAAAUAUGAAGUACACAAAUUAAGAGGUAUAAUACUGACCUUAACUUGAUAUUUCGUUAAUGGGUUAUGACAAUCCUAUUCCGUAAGUUCUAAGAGGGGCACCAUUUUUUCCUGUGUCAUGCUGUCUGAUGCCAUGGCUAUACAGGCCAAACCGAUCAAAAUUUUAACGUUAAUUCCGAUGAGCAUAUCAUCGGUCGACUUAGAAUUGGUUUCGUUAUUGUCAAUUUUAGUGAAUUUUAAAUUUUAAAACAAGUUUUAAAAGGUGUACGCUUACGAACAUUUUCUUUUUGCAUAUGUUGCCUAAAUCAUAUACAUAGACACCAAAAUAUAACUGUGCAAAGUUGAUUAACUGGCAUGAACUUCAUUAGUUUUCAUUUUACUGUAAGAGCCUAUUUUUUAAAUUUUUAAAUUUUAAAUUUUUAAAAACCGUACGCUUACGAACAUUUUCUUUUUGCAUAGUGGCCUAAAUCAUGAUUGAUUGAUUGAUUGAUUGAUUGAUUGAUUGAUAACGAAUUUAUUCAUUCCAAAAUUUUAAAUUUUUAAAAUUUUAAAUCAUGUACAUAGACACCAAAGUAUAACUGUGAAAAGUUGAUUAACUGGCCUGAACUUCAUUAGUUUUCAUUUUACUUUUAGAGCCUAUCUACGAGACAGAUCUUUCGGAUUUUUUUCGCAUAAAUGAGAUAAGGGAAACAUGAAUAUGCCGCUUUCUACAUAUCAAUGAUUUAUAUCCUCUGAUCCAAAACAAUUUUUCCUUGAGAUUUGUAUUACAUAUUCCUAAAAGUUACACUCUUAAAGUAAAAUGGGACGCCUGAGACCAAUUGAACUUUGUUCAAAUGCAGAAUAUGUAUUACAAGUUUCACAACAUGGAUUAUUUUUGCCUUAUCAUAAAAAUGGGGUAAAUGUUUAGUGUCCAAAAGUGGAGAGUUGUUUCACUUGAGACAUCAUACACCUUGUUCACAUUUCCAAGGGGAGGAUCUUUUUUAAUAGCAUAAUAUAUCGCAGCCUUCUCAAUAUUCAAGUGCUUAUAAUUUUCCUAUUGCUUGUCAGAUUUCACUGAAACAUCUUAUUCUUCAAAUUUGCUUCUUUAACACGAGCCAACGUGUUCCAAGGGGUUCAUUCUCUUUAAAAAGUUAUUGAUCUAUCCAGAAUCCAUUAGGGGAAGCACUCCAUGUCUGAUGUGAUGGCACAGUGACGGCCAGAUCUGAACCCCCCAAAAAGUCACAUCGGAUCGUGUAUUCCUGGUCAUUUUUUUUUCUUUUUUACUCGGGAAGAUGAGUUGCCACAUCUGACUGAUUUCGGAUUCAAUUCUGAACAGAGAUUCUUUUUAGAGUGUAUGAAAAGCAAAAAGAUAAAAAAGUAAAAAUAAAAAAAUAAAAACAAUAAUAAUGAUGAUGAUGAUGAUGCUGAUGAUAGUGAUAAUAAUUAGAUGUUGGCAGAUAACUUGUCGAUGCAUGCGGGGUGAUUUCAAGAGAGUUUUCAUGGUUUUGCAUCACUUUAGACAGAGCGACACGACCAUUUCCCCACGGCUGCAGACAAUAGGACCUACACAAUUCUUAAUUCGUGGAUGAAACAUCCCCCAUGUAUCACAGUAUGUAUUUGUUGAAGAGUUUAGCAACGUUUGAUAUGUAGUCUAUGCAGUUUUCUAUUGUAUUAAAUUGCUACUUAGCAGGAAGUAAUAUGAGAUUAACAAAAAUGUAAUAUAAAUAGUUUGCAAAAUUGGAACUAAUAAACUUCAGAAUUACA